AUGCCGGAUCUUAAGCUCAUCAACACUUUGCAAAAGCGAAAACUUGAAGCAAUCAUACCACACUCAACCCAUCUAUCAAUUGGGCAGUCAACCGAGUUGAAUAAGUUCCUGACAAUCGUCAUACAAACCAUAGCAGAUAUGGCGAAUACCAUCAAAGUGAAGGAACAGCUAGUCAUCCUCAAGACUCAGGAUGAUUGGGAUAAGUGGAUCGAACAACUGGAAGGGAUGGUUACACCUACGCUAUGGACGAAAUUCAUAGACCCAGACUCAACCAAUCCACCAGCCAUACCAACCCUCGACAUGGAGGAACCAAUCGAGUCAGCAUACUCGGCCACCUAUACCACCGCGGUUAGCAGGGCAGAGGAGGAGCAGGUCGAGCCGCCUGAGUAUAAUCGAGUCCAAUACAACCUCACAAACAAAGAGAGAGAGGAAUUCAGGUUCGACCUGGAGAUCUUCACUCGCAAGGACCUACCCAAAUUCAAAGCUGAAGAACGAGAAUACAUGGAAGCAGCUCAGGUCAUCCGACAGACAUGCGAUGAUACAGCCAAACUAUACUUGAAGGCAAAAGACCCGCUCCGUACACAAGUUCAGAAAUUGCGAGAUGUCUAUCGAGGCGAUCCAGCUCUACGAAAGCGACGCGCGAGGGAGGCGUACAACACCGCAAUCAGGACGCCGGUGACGGCGAAGACAAUUACAUCUUGGGUAUCUAAGUGGCAGGAGGCAAUGCUUCAAGCUGAAGCAGUUGACCUACCACAUGCACUAGACUAUGAGCAGUGGUCGAGUGACCUACUGGCUGCAGUUGGUGAUCUGGUCCCGAGCACAGUAACUCGGAUCCUCCAGACCACAGCUGGAAAUGGUGAUCUUAAGACAUACCGCGAUGUGGUGCAGGCUAUUCAAUCAGAGUACAGCAUUCGGCAUUCUGUAAGACCUGCCCAAUCUGGAGCAAGGCGUGGAGCGUUUGUGUCUGUAGCUGCUGAGGCUGAAUCUGAAGGACCUGAUCAAUCCAAAGAUCUGCCAUCAAGACCUCAAACCAAGGCGGGUGGGAAUGAGACAAAAAGACACCGAUCAGGCACCGUUGGUGGCUGUUGGGGGUGUGGCCUGAAAGGUCACACACUCGAAGGCUGUUUCUUCGCGGAACCAAAGAAGAGGUCAGAAGAAUGGAAGCCAUUGGAGUUCAGACGAAGUAUCUGGCUUCGAAACAAGAAAACCGAAAGGGUUAUCAGAGAAUUAAAGAGACUCGGAAUGCCUAUGCCACCUGAUGAUUAG